AUGGCAAGUAUCCCUGCGGUUUCCUUGCGUAGGGUACUUUCUCCUAAACGAUUAUCUCAGGGUGUGCAACAGGUUACCAAGCAGGAGCCAGUCCAGCCAGUCCGUCCAUACAAUGACUGGCCGAAUGACCUUGGGUUUAACACCACAUAUGAAGAGAAGACACCUGUCGAGCUACAGGUAAAAGGUCAUAUACCCCCAUGGGCGGCGGGAGUUCUCUACCGUGUCGGAACAGGGGCCAACGAAAUCGACACUGAGAAAGGCACGAAGUUUAAAGUCAAGCACUGGUUUGAUGGUCUUUCGGUUGUCCAUCGUUUCCAGAUUGGAGCUCCUGAGAACGAUAAUGGUCCCGUUCGAGUUAUAUACAACUCACGCAGUACUUGUGACGGGCUCAUAGAAAAGAUCCGGAAAACAGGUAACCGUGAGGGCGUGACAUUCGCAGCGAAAUAUGACCCUUGUACCUCAUAUUUCAAAAAGACAAUGUCCAUGUUCAAAUCGUUUCGGCCUGCUGAGAUGAAGCCAAAUGAGCGCACCGUUCCCGUGACUGUAUCGGUCAAUUUCCCCGGCCUUCCUACCUCGGGUCAGCGACAUGCUUCUGGAAUCGAAACACUAUGCAGCAAGACGGACGCCAAUGUCUUGCAGACCUUGGAUCCAGAGACUUUGGAGCCAAUUGGAAUUACUUCUCAAACUAUUCUCCAUCCGGAUCUCAAGGGCCCUAUGUCUUGUGCUCAUGCAAAGUCCGACCCUAUCUCAGGUGAUGUCUUCAACUACAACCUCGAAAUCGGUCCAACAUCGACAUAUCGCAUUUUCCGAGUGUCCGCUUCGACGGGAAAGACAUCUAUCCUAGCCACUUUCAACACAAGUGCUGCAUAUAUCCACUCGUUUUUCCUGACGCAAAACUACGUGAUUCUGUGCGUGUGGAAUUCUUACUUUACCGCAAACGGUGCUACCAUUCUGCUGAAUCAAAACAUAAUGGAUUCUAUAUCAGGCUACGAUCCAACCAGGCCCAGUAUAUGGUAUGUGGUAGAUCGUCGCUCUCCAGAGGAAGGAGGACAAGGUGUGAUAGCCACUUACGAAAGUGAUCCCUUCUACUGCUUUCACACCGUCAACGCGUAUGAACAACCAUCUGCUGAUGGUAAUGGAGUCGAUAUCAUCGCGGAUCUUGCUUCAUAUAGCAGUCAUAACGUCAUGAAGCGGUUCUUCUUCGAGAAUCUCUAUUCCACGUCCACUAAAGCCGCAGAACAUGCAGACCCAGCAGAUGCCUCAACCCGCGCCCAAUAUAAACGCUUCCGUCUUCCAUCCAUACCUUCAUCGCCGACAAAAUCACGACAGAAAGCCGUCCUCGAGUUCGUGGGUAACCCAUUCGAGACCCCCGAACUGCCCACAAUCAAUCCUUCUUACGUGCUCCGACCUCAUCGUUACGUCUACGGUAUCGCAGAUACCGGGAAAGCGUCCUUCCUUGAUGGCCUAAUCAAAUAUGAUACAAAGGCCAAAACCGCUCUCGUCUGGAGUGAGCACGGCCAGAGCGCUGGAGAGGCUAUUUUCAUCCCUCGUGAGCCCGGCGUUGUAUCUGAAGACGGAGAAGGUGAGGACGAUGGCGUGCUGCUCACUGUUGUCCUUGACGGCCCGGUUGGCCGGUCCUACCUCCUUGUCCUCGAUGCAAAGACCAUGAAGGAGGUUGGACGUGCUGAGCUGAAAGGAGCUGCUGGGUUCGGAUUUCAUGGCACGCAUGUCUCUGCGAGGGGAAGUACAGGUGUCGGUGGAGAGCUUGGGCGAGGCCUUGACUUUUAA